AUGACAACUCAAACUUGUUUUGAUAAUGAUCCACGCGUUCAGGAAAUAUAUCAGGCUGACAAUGGUAGUAAUGGCGCUUGCUGGAUCUUAAAGAUAGAUGAUCACUAUAGAGUUCUAAAAAGACUUUUCAAUCGAAGCGGAAUUAGAAUAUCUGAAAUGUUUGAGAAAGAGAUGCAAUUCCAAAUACCACUCUCUCCUCUAUACUAUGAUAACUCACAAAAUCAUCCUGGCGAACGUUUUAACUGGAUUUUGAUGGAUUAUAUUCCAGGUAACACUUUAACGAAGUUAAUCAACGGCGGUUACGUUAGUAAUCGUGUUAAGAGGUUAUACAUGCUCGAAAUUUUCUAUGCAAUUGCUUACCAGUUGACUUUGAUGAGAGAAAAUGGAAUAAAGCAUCGUGACUUUAAACCAGACAAUAUUGUUGUUGAUGGUGAUAUGAUUCCUCACAUUAUUGAUUGGGAUGAUUCUACAAACAGAUUUUCGUUAUCUAUUAAUGAACAUCACGGAACAAUCCCAUUUGCUGCUCCAGAAAUCUUUUCCGGACAGAGAAAAUGCGAAUCUGAUAUUUUCUCAUUCGGAGCUAUCAUGUUUAAUAUGAUUACAGAAUGUUAUCCAUUUGCCAGCGCAUACAAGACGAAAGCCGGCUUGCAAUCUCUUACAAGUCAAUUCCCUGAACUCCAAUUACCUUACCUCGCUCUUACAUUGGACACGCUUGCAGAUUUCGAACAAAUGGAUGAAUCAGAAAAAUCCAGCGCCUGGUCAACGGUUGUUUCAUUUGUUGAGCCAAUCCUUAUAGAGCUGAUCAAAGCAGGCGCUAGAGAUGACUAUAUCAAUAAUGAAAAAUUCCAAAAUGAUCCCUUCAACAAAAAAAUUUCUGAGUUGAUUGAAUUAUGUUGCAAGCAAGAACCCUUCAGCAGAAUCAGACCAGAGGAUCUCCAGGAUAGGAUUGAUACUCUUGCAAAAGAAACUUUAACAGCAAAUGAAUUGGAUCAGUACAACAAAUAUUGCGAGUAUUUGUUUUCACUUGAGCAAAAGGAAUAUGGCACAAAAGAAAUGAUCGAUAAAGCUAAUAAAUUGGGAUUUUACGAAAAUAAUGAAACAUUAUAUAGUAUCAUUAAAGCAGAAAAUCCAAGCUUUAAAGAGCCAGAAUCCUCUGUGUUUGCCGCUUUCGUUCAAUCAUUAGCUCCAACCAAUUAG